AUGGCAUUCAAAACAAAAUUGAUCGGCGAUCGAAGCGGUUCUCGUUAUUUCAACGCGUCCGAAUUUUCUUUGCCAUUUCUGAAGAGCUAUCAGAUUUCGUCUGGAUUUGAAGAGAAUCGAUUCAAGUAUAUCAUACAACCGGAUGAAACGCGGAUUUACGAUUUCGAUCGUUCAACAAUUAUUGACGAGGAAAUUGGAUAUGUGAAGCAGUAUUCCAAAAAUAUUGGAGAAUACACCAAUGAAUACACUUUAAAUGAAAUUGCUUUGAAAUUGGAAUACGCGGUUUUCAAUCGGCUCAACUACACAUACAAUACUGAAGAUGCCGAUUGUUUUCUUAAACAAAAUGCCUAUAUGGGAAUCGGAUUACGAUCAGCGCCAUGCUACAAAAAACUGAUUGAGGAGAAGUCGGAAUUAAUUUUAAUCUCGACUAAUUAA